AUGUCUGAACCAAACGGAGAGACAGUCGAGGUAGAAACACCAGAAGAAAAUGGUAAAAUUUCAAUAAGAUUAGAGGUGGACUCCCAUGUGAAUGCUACUUUCACCAUAUCGAGAGAUACUAAACUUCGAAAAUUGAUUAGAAAAUUCUGUGACAAUUAUCAGCAAGAUAUGCAAGUUGUGCGGUUUUACUAUGAAGAUGUUAGAAUUAAAGCUACUGAUACUCCAAAUCUGUUGCAGAUGCAAGAUGGAGAUACAAUUAUGGUAAAAAAUUACCUAUACGGAGCUUGA